AUGGCGAGCAGGGAGCCACCACAGACUGCGAUCGUCAUUAACUUGCUGAUUGGCGAUUUGGUCCAGGAUGCCGUAAAUGAGCCGCUUAAACUGUCGGAGCAGAAGAACACCUGCCAGCGGCUCUUCGACAUUUUGGGCUUCCAGGCCGACGAAUGUUUCGAUGACGUGGACGGCAGUGAUGUGGCCACAACACCCAGUUCGAGCACCCUCCAGACCAGUGCAAAAUCGCGACCAGUCGAGGCCAAAAAGAAAAAUUGGUACGGGUGGAUGUCCAAGGCAUUGGCAGAAGAAAAUUCCGAAGACGACGUUGAGAUCUUUAGGAAGGAUGGAAGCGUGGGGCAUAGAAGUAUCCACUCGAUUGGAGUGCAGACGGAGCAGCCGCGUCGCCGGCUCAGAUCGUGUCCUGUGGACUUUGCCCCAGUACUGGCACCCUGCGAACUGACGCGCCACACGGUUUUCAUCGAUGCUAUAGCUGUGCCAAUACCGAAUGUGCUGAAUCGACCGCCUUUGGCCGAUCGGUUUUGCUAUAUGUUGACCGACUUCGCAUCGGCGCUAUAUUGUAGUCUCGCCAUCAUGUGUUGUUGCACCCCCAAUAUGUUGAGAUAAAUUCUAAAGGCAACGGGCCUCUUUCACGCCAAA